AAUUGACCUUCCCUACAAGUACAAGUACAAUUCUAGGUCACACGGCAAUCCAUUUUGUUAAUCGAGAAAGUGAAAUCCCAUCCCGUUUUCUUCGAUAUGCCCCUGCCCCCUUUAUCAAUCCCUCAUGCUGUUAUUGCUGCUACCCCAGCUUAACAUCUAGAAGGUAGGUAUGCUUUAACAUAUGCUUGAAAGUUACCUACCUUUAACCUAUGAUCUCCCAUCUUCUACCUGGCUCUUCCAUAUCUAAUUCUAUCCCACAUCGGGAUACCCGGUUCAUAUUCAUAUUUGUGUGGAUUCCCUCAUUCUUUUUUUAAAAUCUUCUAUCAUCUGCGACCAUCCUAAAUCAUAGUUCAUCUUCGACUAUCUGAUCUGCCCCUCUCAUUCGUCCUUUUAUUGUUCGAGUGCGAUCGACCAGAUGCCCUGGCUGCAGAGACCCGAAUGCUCUCCAUUCCCCAGUAAUAAGACACACUACUGCUGCGUCGCAUUUAACUACGAUUCAGAUUCAAGCUGCCGCCGUGGUCGCCGCCACAAUCCACUAUCGCUGUCAUGGACCACGGACCACCACCAAACUCCAAUGACUUAUUUGAGUUUACUACGCCGGUUACAUUGAACCCGAUGACAGCCGCCGACCAGAACGAAAUGAUGGCGCUCUACGAUAGCUCCAUGUUCACAAACUUCGACGGCUUGCCAAUGAGUAUUGAUGGCCUUCAUGAUAUGACUGCUAUCUCGCCGCAACCAUAUACAUCAGUUUCCGCUACGGCAAACCCACAGCCCGCGCUUAUCCAUAAUGACGCUAUGCAAUUUACAUCAAAUACCGGUGAUAGCGCAGUCCCGCCGGCGCCGAGUGCGGGCGUUGCUCCGAGCUUCCCUACCCCCGCGCAGCCUACCCUACAAGGAGGCAGUACUUUGACCGAAUUCACCAAGAGGAGGAAUUGGCCCGCAAAAGUUGUGGAGGAGCUCAAGGACUUUUUGCAGAUACUGGAUGCUCACGGUAGAAUCAAAUAUGUGUCACCAAGCGUCACGUCCUUGACUGGUUAUGAAUCGGAGGAGCUAGUCGACCGGUUCGUUAAGGAUCUAAUCCAUCCAGAUGACCUUGGAAUCUUCACCUCGGAUAUGAACGAAUCUAUAGCCACCGGGAACCCGCUGCGCAUGUUCUAUCGUCUUAAAAAGAAGGAUGGCAGCUACGCCAUAUUUGAGUCUGUCGGUCAUGCACAUAUCGCCGCAGCUAAAUUCGCGCCAAACCCGGAAAAUCAGUCACCCUUCUGCCAAUCCGUAUUUAUGAUGUCACGGCCGUAUCCCACCAAGAAUGCCUCACUAUUAGACUCAUUCCUAGAGCACAAGAUCGAAAACGAGCGACUAAGACGCCGAAUCGCGGAGCUCCGAAGGGAAGAGGAGGAAGAGGAGGCAUCUCAGCAAAGCUGGUUCACGAGCCAAGAGGGCCGAUCAGAUAUCGCUCCAUCAGAGGAUACGGUGAUGACAUCUUCUCAGAGUCCUGCUUUGUUCACCCACACAAGUAUGGAUUCACAAGCCAUGCCGCCUCCAGAAAGACCAACGCCGCUCAACAUAGCAUUAACAAGGGAGAAUCUCGAGGGGGUAACAGCAGGAAACCGGCCAGAUUCGAUUAGGGAUAAAAUGGCAAGAUAUGAGGGCGCGUCACAUACCGACACUAUCGAGAUGCUGACUGGUCUGAGAUAUGUCGAAGGGGAACGAAGCCGUGGUAUCACUACCGGCAAUUCUAGUCCGACCCUGGUCAAGGGCGACGUUGGUAUUGCAAUACCGAUCGAUAGAGACCCUAGAACAGGAGAGAAAAAGAAAAAGCUCAAAGUCGCAGAAGAAUAUGUCUGUACUGACUGUGGAACACUUGAUUCCCCAGAAUGGAGGAAAGGUCCCCAAGGACCCAAGACUCUUUGCAACGCUUGCGGCCUUCGAUGGGCGAAAAAGGAGAAGAAGAAGAAUGCUAAUAGUGGAGGUAAUAUGGGCAAUUCCGGUCCUGGGCAUAUUCCUAUGCCUAUCAUGGAACAUCAGUGAGCGUCUCUUGAGGUUUAAUGGUUUUCGUCCCAAGUGAACCGGUAAUAUAACCCGAGGUGUAUGGCGUAUGGGCAUUUCCUGAGGUAUAUGAUAGUGCUUUAUGCACAGCGGGCAUUUCAAAUUGGUCGGGCUAUGGACACGGAGUCGGAAUAAAAUCACGGUGUGCUGAGCUUUUACGAACGAGCUUAUUACACGACAUGGUCUUUUCUCCUUUUUUUCUUCGUUCUUUUCUUCGAGAUACCUGGGAACGAAUAUGGUUCGGGCUGUACGAUUCACGGGGAUAUCUCACAGGCAACAAAAUGGGUGGCUAUGGACUACUUAGAUGUAUACGGUAUAUCAUGAGACAAGGAAACAAGAAUGCUAGUACGGGUUUUUAUCUAUUUUUUAAUUUGAGGCUGACAUAGUGAAGUAACGCGAUAAUGAGAGCUUCCAGCAAUUUUAUUCCCCUUUAAUCAUAC